AUGGAAUCAACAACUUUAAGUGGUGAAAAAUUAUCGACCUCAACAAUCAAAGCAAGUCCGAUUGCACACAUUCGCUCGUCUUCAACAAAUUUAUCUUUCAAAUCUGCUUCGUCAUCACUUGCUUCAACAAACUCAAGUACUCAUUUAAUUCACUUACAGAGAAGUCAGUUCCAAAAUUGUUUUUUAUUAAUUUUAGAUUCAGCUAAACCUUUAUCAGCUGUUGAAGCUAUAGUUGCGGAAUAUUUGUCGCCAAAACAAUCAACAACAUUGACAACACGAAAACGACUUAUUAAACGAUCUUAUGGUGUUAGUGUUACAGAUUUAGAUGUUUAUGGUGAAAAUAUCGUAAAGCAAUAGAAGAAGAACAAACAGAAGCUGAUAAAGAAAAAAUCAAUAACAGGUGGUGAUAAUGAAUCUUCAAAACAAAAGGUUCUAAUAAAACGAAAGCUUCAAC